AUGGAGGCACCGCCCAACACGAACAUGUACAUCGCGGACUUGCCCCAGGGCAUCGAUGCGGGUACAGUGCAGAAUAUCUUCAGUGAGUACGGAACCAUUGUGCAGGGCAGGCUGAAGGUGCUCGCCGGCAACGGCAGAAAGUCAGCGGCCAUGAUCACCUUCCAGUCGAUAGAUGAGGCCAAGUGGAUCAAGGAGAAUCUCGAUGGCAACAUCCCCCAGGGUCUCAGUGAGCCUAUCAUUGUCAAGUAUGCCGACACGCCAGAGAUUAAGGCAGCAAAAGCCAUGGGUCAGAACUACAUGGGACAGGGAAUGAACGGCUUCCAAAACGGCAAAGGCUAUGGCAAAGCGAAGAAUGCGAUGGUUCCGCCGAGAAGUAUGCCCUACAAUAUGAACAUGAACAUGAACAACAUGAUGGCCCCCGCGAUGAUUGGAGGCCCCAGCCCUGGUGCGAUGAAGGGAAAGUUCUCUCCGAAAGGCUGCGGCAAGGGAGGCAUCAUGCCUGGGAACAUGAUGCCUGGUAUCAAGGGCCUCAUCAACCAACUCAUGGAGUCCCAGGCGUUGCCUGGCUCAGCAGAGAUGGAUAACGACAAGAACGCCUUGUAUGUUUCAGGUUUGCCACCGGACACGCAGGAUGUCGACCUCUACAAGAUGUUUGCUCCUUUCGGAGCAAUUGCACCCAAGGGUGUCCGAGCGAUGCUCCAUCCGGAUGGCUCGUGUCAGGGUUGGGGGUUUGUGAACUAUAUGGAUCCAAUGUCGGUGCAAGCAGCCUCCGACCUCCUGAAUGGGACCCAGCAAGGAGACGGACGGGAGCUCAUUGUCAAGCCGAAGGAGGCAAAGAAGGCCGCCGCCUCCUGA